AUGGAUCUGCUUGUGAACAAGUACCAGCCAAGCGAGAUCCAGGACAUAGUCGGAAACGAAGCAACGAUGGAACUCGUUUCCUUGAUGAUCGAAAGCAGAGAUAUGCCCCACCUGCUGUUCACGGGGCCUCCCGGGACAGGAAAGACAACCUGUGCAAAAAUACUUGCAAGGAGGCUCCUGGGCAACAAGGAGGGGCUGCUGGAGCUGAAUGCGUCUGACGAAAGAGGGAUAGACACUGUUAGGACCACCAUUAAAAGCUUUGCACAGAGAAGAGUCAAGGACUGUGAGUUCAAGAUCAUAAUCCUGGACGAGGCCGACUCGAUGACCACUACAGCCCAGCAGGCAAUGCGAAGGGUGAUGGAGAUACACAGCUCGGAGUGCAGGUUUAUUCUGAUCUGUAAUGUGUUUACAAAGAUAUUUGAGCCUAUCCAGAGCAGAUGUGCAAUACUAAGGUUUGACAGGAUAGAGCAGUCCGUGAUCCUCAAAAGACUAAAGGAAAUCAGCGAAGGCGAAGGCAUCAGGAUAACCGCCGAGGCUCUUGAUCUUGUUGUCGAGCUUAGCGAUGGGGACAUGAGACAGUCGCUGAACAUCCUUCAAGCGUGCAUCAACUCUCCUGGCACAGUAGACCAGGACUAUAUCAUCAAGAUAAUAGGCCUUCCAUCUCCAAAGCGGAUCGAAAAGGUUCUCCAGAGGCUCCUGAAAAGGGAAGUAGAGGAGGCCCUGGAGAUGUUUGACGAGAUCUGGGAGGAGAAAUUUGAUCCUCUCGACCUCAUAAACUCGUUUUUCAGGGCUGCAAAGAACAUGGAAAGCUACGAGUUGCUUAAGGUGAUUGGGCUGGCAAACCUAAGGAUAUCUGAGGGUGUCAACUCAAGGCUGCAGUUCUAUGGAAUGUUCUGGGACAUCCUCGACAUGGGAAGUAAAAGAUUGUGA